AUGGGGAAAGAGGACUUCCUCCGACAAAUCGAAAACUCCGCAGAGUUCAAACUCCUCGACAAAGUAGUCAAGGAAGAAGUCACACCGCAAGAUGCAGUCCAAGAGAUCAUCAACAUGACCAUGACUGCCCUAUCCAUUCAUGGUCCAAGCAAACAAAGCGGGGUCGGUCUCGCAGACUACAACGUCUCUCUUGCACUAAUGGAGCUCACUCAACGCCUAGAGCCAUCCAAACAUGCCAAGCUGGUCGAGUUUAUGUGUCAUCUCCACAAGCAAGUUGCCGUUGAUCCAUCUACGAACAAGCCCCUGACGGUCCAAGACGAUACCCUCUGGACUGACAUGCCGUCGUUCGGCUACACGGAGCUUGAGACCUGGCACGAGUUUGGUGGCGAGUACAAAGACCCAUGUGAUCCAACCCUAGAUUCUAAGGAACGAGAGCGCUGGGCGAAUCUCAACGCUUUCCUCGCGCAGCUCACUCAGGCGGCAUACAUUGAUCGUACACCUCCCAAGAAAGAAGUGCCGUUUGCUCCCCUGGACAGAUCACUACGGGCCAUCUGGUGCAUGACGAUGGCAUUUGAGAACGAGUUGCUGGUAGAUACGGCGGCGAUGGAGUCCGCUUGCUACUGGUUCAUCUACGCUGCGGAGCGACUGUGGGCGAAUGUGGUCCAUAGUUGCUCGUAUCCUGCGGAGUAUGGCGCUGGGCCUGGGAAGAGGUAUAAAGGCAAAGACUGGACGGGCUAUACGCAGGAGCGAUGGGGAAUAUGGGAGGAUGCGCUGAAGGAGGCUAGAGCUAAAUGCCAAGAUCAGCGGAUGAGGAAGCUGAUGGAUGAUGCGUUGGCGAGUCUGAGAACUGGAAUGGUGAAUGAAUAG